AUUUUUUUUUUUGUGUGUAUCAUGGUACAGUAUGUAUAUUUACAAAAGCUUUCAAAGAACUUCUUUAUUAUUCAAGCAGCUUAAGCGAAGUCUGAGUAUGGAGGCUGCAAAAAAAGCAGCUGCUUAUGAAGCUGUAAAUAAAUAUGUCACUAAAGAAACAAAAUAUUUAGGAGUUGGUAGUGGAUCAACUAUUGUGUAUGCCGUAGAAAGAUUAGCUCAACGAGUAAAAGAAGAAGACCUUAAUAUAAAAUGCAUUCCAACAUCUUUCCAAUCAAGACAGCUUAUUUUAGACAAUGGUUUAGUUCUAAGCGAUAUCCAGCAGCAUCCUGAGUUGGACAUUGUUAUAGAUGGUGCCGACGAAGUUGAUGUCAAUUUAAAUUGUAUUAAAGGUGGUGGAGGAUGUUUAACUCAGGAGAAAAUAGUUGCUUCGUGUGCUAAAAAUUUUGUUAUUAUAGCAGAUAGUACUAAACGUUCUCAGCAUUUAGGAGAUAGUUGGAAAAAUGGCGUAGCUGUUGAAGUAAUUCCAAUGGCUUAUUCUUUAGUUAUUAUGAAAUUAAAACAGCUUGGUUUUUAUCCGUCUCUCAGAAUGGCUAAAGCAAAAACCGGACCUUUAGUUACAGAUAACGGCAACUUUAUAAUAGACUUUAAGUUUGACAAGUUAACCGAUUGCAAAAUCGUUAAUGAUAGCCUUAUUUCUAUACCAGGAAUUGUGGAGACAGGGUUAUUUAUAGAAAUGGCUAACUCAGUAAUUUUUGGCUUUUCUGAUGGAACCACUGAAGAAAUAUUUCGACAAUAAUAUCUAGACAUUUUUAUCAGCGUUUUUAACAUGUAUUUAAAAAACUAUUUUAUUAUUAUGUUUUUGUUAUGUUUAUUUUAGGUGUAUAUAUAUAUUUAGUAAGGUGAAAUAAGAAAAAAAUUUUAAAAGAGUUAGUCCAAUUAUUUUUCAAAUUAUUUUUUUUUCGAGAGUAGGGGGCGGUAAUAAAAAAUAAUAAUAGAAAUAUAGAAAACAAAUUGAAAAUAGUGGGGAUAACUCUUUAAAAUUGGAAUUAUUAUUUCAAAUAGUAAUGGAUUUUUAUUCUAUGUGUGUAAUUCUGAAGGCGCUGUUUUGCCACUUUUAUUUAUAUAUAAUUCUGAAGGCGCUGUUUUGCCGCUGUUUUUUUGUUUUGUUUUGUUUUUUUGCCGCUUUUAUUUACCUUAGAGGCGAACUGACCUCAAAGUUUUUUUGUGAUUUUUUUUUCUCUUAACGUUUAAUGAUUUGUAUAUAUGUUUUUGCAAAGUGUUACAAUUUAAUAGUUACUUAAUAUUAUUAUGUAGAAGUAACUUCGUUAUUUAUGUUAUUUGUAGGAUUGUUGAGCCUUAUUUAAAGAUAAAUGGUUUAGAAAGAAGAAAUAGAAACGUAAA